AUGAGCCCCGGGGUGACUGCACACGCGCUCGAUGAACUGAGCUCGGAAGAGAUCUCUCAGUUAGCUCGGGUCGUUCGAGACAAUUUCUCGAAUUCAAUUCGAACCACCGGGAAAGGAGUAACGAACUCUUCGUUAAAAGAAGAGGAAGGGGACCCAGAGAAGAUGAUGUUGUUCAAUUAUAUUACGCUCGCGGAACCAACAAGAGAAGAGUUAUCUGCAAAUUGCGGUGAUGGUGAUGCUGUUCAUGAAAGGCGAGGCGAGGUCAUGAUCAUCGUUCCAUGGACCGGUGAAGCCUAUAAGUAUGUAAUCGCCGUGAAGAGCUUGGAAGUCGUGAAGGUCGAACGAGUGAAAAAGGGGCAGCAGCCAUUGAUAACGCCGGAUGAUUGCUUGGAAGCGGAAAGGAUAUGUAAGAACGAUGAGAAAGUGAAAGCGAUGAUGAAGGAGCGAUAUGGAAUAGAGGAUUUGACUAUGCUUGUUUGCGAUCCUUGGUCCGUGCACGUUACGGAACCGGGUAUGGAGCCGUUGGAUUGGCGAAAAGAUGACGGCGAGAUUCCGGCGAGAUUGGUGCAAACGUUUUUGUAUUGGAGAGAUGAUGAUUUGGAUGAUAAUCAAUACGCGCAUCCGAUCGAUUUAUUGCCAGUCGUUGAUUUGAAUGCCGGGAAAGUCGUGGAUAUUACUUGUCAAGACGUCCCCAGAGAGAUUCCAAUGAAGUCUGUUAACUACCAUCGCGAAAAGUUAAAGAGUAAUUCGUAUCUCGCAAACGUUUGGCGCGAUGCUAUGAAACCGUUGGAAAUCGUACAACCUGAAGGGGCCGCGUUCGAAGUCGAUGGCCGUCUCGUCAAAUGGGAUAAAUGGACGCUCAGAGUUGGUUUCAAUUACAGAGAAGGCUUAGUCUUACACGACGUUAAGUACGACAAUCGUCCGAUAUUACAUCGCGCGAGUUUAGUCGAAAUGGCGGUUCCUUAUGCCGAUCCGAAUCCGCCGUAUACGAGAAAAUGUGCGUUUGAUGUUGGCGACUACGGUUUAGGCUAUUGCACAGAUUCUUUAGAACUCGGAUGCGAUUGUUUGGGAAAUAUUCAUUACUUCGAUGCGACGUUGGCGAACUCGAAAGGAGAACCGUACGUCAUUAAAAAAGCCGUAUGCAUGCACGAAGAAGACCACGGGUUAUUAUGGAAGCACGUUGAAUAUAGGACCGGUCACUCCGAGGCAAGGCGCUCACGAAGACUCGUUCUGAGUUUUAUCGCCACCGUUGUGAAUUAUGAGUAUUUGUUUUACUAUUACUUUCAACAAGACGGCACGAUUGAAUUUGAGAUCAAAUUGACAGGCGAAUUAUCAACGAAUGCAAUAUCGGCUGGUGAAAGCAACGAUGAUCCAACGCAUGGCGUUCUCGUCGCACCGGGUGUGAACUCACAAAUCCACCAGCACAUGUUUUGCGCGAGAUUAGAUGUCGCCAUUGAUGGCAAUGAAAACGAAGUCUCCGAAAUCGACAUUUGUUCCGAUACAUCAACAGGUUCGUGUCAAAACGUGUUCGGUCCAGUGACAACGCCGCUCGUCACGGAACUUCAAGCCAGGCGCGUAUGCGAUUCGACAAAAGCGCGAGUGUGGAAAAUAUCAAACCCGUCGUCCUUAAAUCCAGUGACGAAGAAGCCGGUUUCUUAUAAAUUGAUCCCGUUCACUAGGGGACCGGCAAUGCCAACGUUAUUGACAGGUCCAGAGUGUGCGGUUACAAAAAAAGGUGAAUUCGCGACGAAGAACUUAUGGGUCACGCCAUAUAAUUGGCCAAACGAAAGAUGGCCAGCUGGUGAAUUCACAGUCCAAGGCGCGCUCGGCGAAGGCUUACCAGAAUGGACAAAAGACGACCGCGAUAUUUCAUCGGGGGAGCUCGUCAUUUGGCACGCGUUCGGUGUCGUGCAUAUUCCUCGACCGGAAGAUUUUCCGGUCAUGCCCGUCGAACAUACAGGGUUCUCGCUUAAACCGGAUGGAUUUUUCGCAGGAAACCCAACGAUCGAUUUACCGCCACCGAAAUCUGGCAAGAGUACGUGUUGCUCGACGAAGUUGUAA